ACUUGAAAACCGUCGAAUUUUGAUUCCUUUAUGAAAAAAAGAUUUAGUUAAUUAAAACCACUAGAAGUCAACACAAGUGAUUGCCACAAUACAUCAUAAGACCAUGGAAGACUUUCAAAAGAUCGAAAAAAUUGGAGAAGGCACAUAUGGAGUUGUUUACAAAGGACGAAAUAAGAAAACGGGGAAUACCGUCGCAAUGAAGAAAAUUCGUCUCGAAUCUGAGGAUGAAGGAAUACCAUCAACUGCUAUCCGUGAGAUAUCAUUGUUAAAGGAAUUAAAACAUCCGAAUAUUGUUACAUUGGAGGAUGUUGUGAUGGAGGAUAAUCGCUUAUACUUGAUCUUUGAAUUUCUUACAAUGGAUCUCAAAAAAUACAUGGAUUCCUUGCCAUCUGAGAAAAUGAUGGAUCCUGAGUUAGUUCGUAGCUAUCUUUUUCAAAUAACUGCCGCAAUGCUGUUUUGCCAUAGACGUCGCGUAUUGCAUCGUGAUUUAAAGCCUCAAAACUUGCUCAUUAACAAGGAAGGAAUAAUCAAAGUAGCUGACUUUGGUUUAGGUCGUUCUUUCGGUAUUCCAGUUCGUAACUAUACACAUGAGAUUGUCACUUUAUGGUACCGCGCUCCUGAAGUUCUCCUCGGUUCUCAACGCUAUUCUUGUCCAGUCGAUGUUUGGUCAAUUGGGUGCAUCUUUGCUGAAAUGGCGACUCGUAAACCUCUCUUCCAAGGCGACUCUGAAAUUGAUCAGCUCUUCCGUAUGUUCCGCAUUCUUCGUACACCAACUGAAGAGAUUUGGCCAGGCGUUACAUCUUUGCCAGAUUACAAAACAACUUUCCCUUGCUGGACUCAAAACAAUCUCGCUAAUCAAGUAAAAAAUAUUAACUCAGCUGGAAUGGAUCUUCUUCAAAAAAGUCUUGUUUAUGAUCCAGCUUAUCGCAUAUCAGCUCGUGAAAUGAUUGAACAUAAAUACUUUGACGAUAUUGACCGUCGAUCCAUUCCUCUUUAUUAAUUCUUAUUUCCCCCUUCCUUUAUCCUUCAAUCUCAUGUUUAUUCUUCUUCUUUUUAACUAUCAAAAUUUCUCUUCAACCUCAGCUUAGUAUUUUUUUUUUGGAGAAACUAAAAUAGUUAAACGUGCUGCCAUGAUUUAAAGAAGAAAAAUAUUCAUUCGAACAACUUAAUCACAAUUGAAAAUUAAAUAAACUUUUAGAGCGAAUUUGUAAGAUGAUUGAUAAUAAAAAUAAAAAUUCUCUGAUCCAUUGAGUGACUGGACCAACAAGGAGUUGAUUUAGAAUAAAAAUCAUUCGAAUAAUUAGAAAUAGGCGAUGGAUCUGCACUUGAAUUUACAUAAAAGACAUGAUCAAUGAGAUAAAUAAAUUUUUUAAUAAAAUUAUUAAAUUUAAUAAAAGGAA